AUGAAUGCUGACACAGAAUCGACUCAUUCCUAUACCAAUAACAACAAUAAUGAGAAUAAAGACGACAGAAAGCGGUCGUCGGUAUCCGAUUACUGGAGGAAUCAUAACAAUUAUGUUAAUUAUAUGUACGCAAAGAAUCGUGAGUCCAAAUCCAACAAUGAGCCCUAUUUCUCAGAACCAAACAACAGCGAUGGAUAUGAAUCAAUGCAACCAAGUACUAUACAAAUAACUGCUUUACCAGCCGGGGGUUUUGGUGGCAAUGGUUUGGGCGCCGGAGGAUUAUUUCCAGGAGUCGGAGGAUUCGGCGGCGGAUUUGGCGGAGGCUUUGGAGGAUUCGGUGGAACCGAUGCUUUUGGAAAUCCCAUUCCAAUAACGCAACAAAAGUUUCCCGUAUUUGUCAUAAACAAAUCUAAAAGCGAUUCAAUCAAAUGGUUAUUACCGAUACUGUUUAUAUUGGGUUUACCAUUACUGUGUGGAUUGAUUCUGAUCCCAGUGGCUCUUCAGGGCAUUUUCUUCAUCAUGACUAUAAUCCGUAAUUUAGGAAUAUUGCUGCCAUUAAUUCCGGCCAUCACUGGAAAUGGAAACCCCAUAAUACCAGCGACUGGAUAG